CGCUUUAUCUUGUAUAUAGGUACAUAUAGAACAAAUGUUACGAUGAAGAGAUAAUAAUAUGCUAAGUCAUAAAAAUGCUCUAAUAGUUACCAUUUAAUUCACAAUCGCACGCAAAAAAACGACUUCUUAACAAAUUAUUUAUUCUACGUACAUAUUACAUAUAUUAUCGAUUAUAUCCAUGUUAAUAAAACCUAACCUAUAUAGGUACUGUUAUUUAAGAAGACGAGUAAGUAAAAAUGAUUGAUCACCCGAAUCCGUUGAGAAUUUUACCGAAGGUAGUUCUGGCAAUAUUUUUAUUAGCCGAUGAAUCGUGGCAACAAGAGCAUUCAAAAAAAUUAAGUACAUUGGUUUCAAAUUACAAGUUUAAUAAAUUACAUGCAUACGUGAAUAUUUAUUUCAGUAAAUAAUAUUUCUUAAAACAAUUUUUGAAUUAUGGCAUACGGUGCUUUCAUAGUUUGUACUUAUAAUUGUAGAUGAAAAACGCAUUUAUUAUUGGGGAGUGAAAGCCACAUCCUUUAAUUAAGUAUUAUCCUAGCAGACACUUUAACAAAUAGUUAAUAAUAUUAUGUAUAAAUAUUUGUCAGUAGCAUCUAAAAUAUUUAUCUCAAUGCAAACUAUUAAUUUAUAUUAUAUAAGUUAUAUAAGUGUACUGGAAAUCAAAAAUAUCAAAAAUAAUGUUUUUCCUGUACGAGUAAAUGUAUCUUUGCCUAGUACAAUGAUACCCGUCGGCUCAGAUCUAAUGAUUCCUUGUUCAGUGGAGGGUAAUCCAAUACCCACUGUAACCUGGUACAAAGACGGUCAACUACUACUUGACAACGAACGUACUAAAGCGACCGAAAACCUAUUGAUCAUCUUCCGAACGAAUACAUCGGAUUUAGGUUCUUAUACAUGUAAAGCUAGUAACUUAAAUAGUUCCGACGAAACAACAGUUAACAUUACAAUGGAAACUGCAAACAGCAGUACAAUUAAUAUGGGUAUUUCAGCAAGUGUCGUAAAAGUGAUAUUGUGGACUGCUUUGGUACAGGUUAUAUUCUUAUUACUUGGGUUUUGCUUGAUCCACCUAUUAAUUAAUCAAAUAAGGAAGGAAGAGAAAUUGAAAGCGACAAUUAAGUUAAAUGCAACAGUUAUUCAUCGGACGAAAACAAUUUGAGGUAGAAAUAAUAUGUAGGUAUUUUAACAUUUUCAAUAUGUGUGAUUUAAACAUUAUUAUUAAUUAACACCAAAAUAAAUGUUGACAUAUGUUUAAUUUUAUAAUAUUGAUUAUCUUAUAUUGGGUGUUUUCAGAAUUUGUUAUUACAUAACGAAAUGUUAAAUAUUUUUAAUUUUAUAUAAGUAAUAUUAGUUAACACAAACUAAAGAAAUGUCAUGUCUUUUUAUACUUGGAUUAUUGUUACACUGAGUUGGAACGAUAUGUAUUAAUAUUUAAUAUAAUAUGAUAUUAUG